CGUUGACCCACCGACCCCUUUGACCCUUUGACGCUACUGCCGCGCCCCCCGACUUAUCGCAGGUCGCCGCUGUUCCCCGUUCGAACCGCUGGCUGCUUGGCCUUGCUGCUGCCGCUGCCGCUGCUGCUGCUGCUCCCUCUCCUCCUAUUGCUUCCACGACACGUCUGCAUGGUGCGACCCUCGCCUCUGCUGCACGUCUAUGCCGCAUCGGCCUCGUUCGUCUGCCCUGUCAUGGAUAAAUCCAAUAAUAACCCGCGCGCCCCUCGCUCGGUGGCCUCUGAGCCUGCAGACCGGGAUACCGCUGAAGUUGCCAGCUCAGAGUCGGCUUUGACAUGCCGCCACGGGGAACCGGACGCCUGCUUCCCUGCUCAUGAACCUACUCUUCAUGUCCAUGGUCCCUCUCCCUCUUCUUCUUCCAACCCCCCGUCCUCUGAGGCUGGAGCAGUCCCCGUAGAUUUGUCCAAGCCGACAACCCGAGUCUCCCUUCCUGUCUCCCUCCCUGUCUCCCUCCCGUCUCUCUUCCUCCAGCGCAGCAGGAUUCCAUCAGCCUCCAUCGCUCCGUCGACUGCAGAAGGAAAGCCGAUCCCGCCCACCGAUCCCGCCGACGCCCACCGCACAUCUGCCCUGCAGAAGCUGAACAGCAAGUAUCCGUCCGCAUCCCGGAGCCGCGGCUACACUCCGGAGGUCUCCGGUGCCCAGAGCAGCACCUACUCCCAGCCCGUGCUCGUGCGCACUUACAGCGGACCGCCGCCAUCUCAGACCUCCCGCAGCGCCCGGUCGCGGCACUACAGACCACCGAGCAGCAGUCGAGCCGUUUCUCGACGUGUCCCGUUGCCCUCUUCUUCAGCACCAGGAAGCAGCGGGCCCGGCCAGCCCAUACAGCCCACGGUUAGCGACGUGGGAGUAGGCACGACCAGCAGCGUCGGCGCCGGCAUCGACGGAUAUCGCACCGAGAGUGACGGUGGCAACGUCCACGGAGGAGUAACCAUGCUGCCUUCCACCAAGGCCAAGAAGGCCGCUACCACCAACAGCAACAGCAGCAGCAGUGGCAGCAAGCUGGCCCUGCCCUGGCUGUGGCCCCUAUCUUCCCGCCAAGAACCGGAGAAGCCAAAGCUGCCCCCCUUGGAAGCCUUCUCCUUCAAGAGCUUCCUGGCCGACCUGGAGGCCCGUGGGACCGACAAUGACGUCGGCGCAGAUUUAGACCGCAUCGCCGAGAUCUGUGCUCGGUCGCGCUAUUCGCUGAGCAACCAGUACGAAGUACACGUGGCCCCCCACGGUUCCGGCGCCUCGUUCAUAACAGGGCCCUUGCCUUCUUCCUCCGUCCUGCGGACGACGAGAGGUCAGAGCCGCAGCCGCAGCCGCAGCCGCGGCCACGUUCAAGGCCCGACCUUGCAGGUCAUCACCUCGGACGACGAGAACCCCGCCCUCUUACCUCACCCGAAGAGGAGGAGCGCCGGGGGUAAGCGGAGGAGCACUGCCUACGGCACUCUGGAAACGAUCAUGUCCUCGAGCCGCUCGUCCGAAGAGGGCAAGGAGGCCACUAAGAAGUCCGCCGCCGAGCUGGUCAGCGAGGUUCGGGGGAGGGCGGCGAGGAAAGCAUGGGGAAACAACCCAAGCGCAUCGGUGUCGGGGUCAUCAUCCGCCGGGAACGCGGCCACCAGCGCAAGCACACUCUCUGGACAGCACCCGUCACAGCAGCAGGACUUGAACCCAACCGCCACCAAGACUAGCAACAACAGCAACAACGAUAGCAAAGACAACCUUGCUCGAAGGAAAUCCGCCUCCUUUGCCACUGCCAUCAUGGAUACCGGCGGCGGCGGCCGCAGCGGAGCAGGACAGACAACGACCACGACGACCGAGUCGAGCAGCACCCCGUCGACGUCCUCGUCCCGCCGGCAGCAGACGAAGACCAGGAAGAGGGGUGAAUCCACGUCCGCCCUGCUUAGUGACCCGGCCUGGCCCCAGACGUCAGGCGGCCACCUGGGUGUGGAACCGACCACCUCCCGGCCAGCCGGCCCUGCUUCAUCCCCAGGAGAAGACGGGCGGGAGAGCAAUGGGCCCGAGUCCGAGCCUGGAUCCGGGGCCGGGUUCGGACUCGCCGUUGCGGACGCUCACUCCGCCGCCGCUCGCACCGGACGGAGAGAGAUGGGGGCAGGGGGAGACGGAAGCCUGGUCAACUCGUCGUGGGGAUCGUGGAUACCGUGGCGGACGACAGGCCAGGCUAUGCAGCACCAGCACCAGAAGCAAGGGGAAAGCAGUGCCGAAGGGAGGCUGAGACAGCUCUUGAAGAAUGGUGGGGAUGGAGGCACACGAUAAAUCCGGGUUCCGUUAUGAAGUGAAAUGAGUGGACGAAAUAAAAAAAAAAAAAGUGUGAUGAACUGAAUGAAAUUAGCUGGGCCU